AUGCUGGGAAAGAUCGCUCUAGAGGAAGCGUUUGCGCUCCCUCGGUUUGAGGAGAAGACCCGCUGGUGGGCAAGUCUAUUUUCCACCGAUGUUGAGACCCACGUCAAAGAAAUCACCGAUAUCAAUAAGAUCCGCAUCGAACAUGCCGACAAGCAUGGCGUCGGCUACCAGAUCCUGUCAUACACUGCCCCGGGGGUGCAAGAUAUCUGGGAUCCGGUAGAGGCCCAUGCGCUUGCGGUAGAAAUCAACGACUAUAUUGCUGAGCAUGUCCGUGCAAAUCCUAGUCGAUUCGGAGCCUUUGCCACAUUAUCCAUGCACGACCCCAAACAAGCCGCAGAUGAACUCCGUCGUUGCGUCGAAAAAUACGGUUUCAAAGGCGCCCUGGUAAACGACACUCAACGGGCUGGUUCCGAUGGCGAUGAAAUGAUCUUCUACGAUAACCCAAAUUGGGACAUCUUCUGGCAGACAUGCACCGAGCUCGACGUACCUUUCUAUCUACAUCCACGCAAUCCCACGGGUACAAUCUACGAGAAGCUCUGGGCGGAUCGCAAGUGGCUUGUUGGGCCUCCACUGAGCUUUGCGCACGGUGUCAGUCUUCAUGUCCUGGGCAUGGUGACCAACGGCGUGUUUGAUAAACACCCGGGACUACAGAUCAUCAUGGGUCAUCUAGGAGAACAUGUCCCCUUUGAUAUGUGGCGGAUCAAUCACUGGUUUGAAGACCGGAAGAAGCUUCUUGGUCUGGCGGAGACCUGCAAGAAGACAAUCCGCGACUACUUUGCCCAGAACAUCUGGAUUACUACGUCGGGGCACUUCUCGACAACUACCCUCAAUUUCUGUAUGGCGGAGGUCGGCUCCGACCGGAUUCUGUUUUCGAUUGACUAUCCGUUUGAGACUUUCUCUGAUGCUUGCGAAUGGUUUGAUAAUGCCGAGUUAAAUGGAACGGAUAGAUUGAAAAUCGGACGGGAGAACGCGAAGAAGCUGUUUAAAGUAGGACCAUAUCAUGAUAGUAAUACUUAG